AUGUCGAAUAUACCCCUAGUCCACUGCGACCGCCGCCCACCGCCGUCGGCCGCCGCCACCGGUGGCCAAUGCCGGUUGUCAGUCGCCAGUCGUCGUCGGUCGCCGCCCACCGUCGAUUGCCGCCGCCGCCGCCCACCAUCAUCUGCCGCCUCCACCAGCGACCACCGCCAGCCGCCUCCGGCGACCACCGCCCGCCAUCGUUGGCGGUUGUCUCCGUCACCGAUUGUCGACCGCCAGCGGCGGCUGCCGCCGGUCACCGCCCACUCCGGUCGCCGUCGCCGCCGCCCACCGCCAUCGGCCGCCUCCACCGUCGACCACCGCCAGCCGUCGCCGCCGCCUCCGGUGACCACCGCUGGCCACCGCCCGCCACCGUCGCCGGUUGUCUCCGUCGCCGGUUACCGAUUGCCAACGGCCGGUGGCGGCUGA